UUUACAUAACAAAAGGACAUUCUCUCUCUCCUCUCUCUCUCUAUAUUUUUACUGGACAUUGUUUUUGAGUGAAAAAAAUGGUUGAAUAUUCGAUUAUGGAGAUGAAUCUUGAAGAACAAUUAGUGGAUAUUGAGGAAGCGAAAGGUGAUGAAAAACCAAGAGAUCAAUUGUUUCUUGCAGAGCUGAAUCUUGUUCUUAUUCUAUCAUUUUUUUCAUUAUCAUCUGAAGAAAGAAAAUUAGAAAAAUUGGAGAUUGAUAAUGACAAAGAUCAUCAAGCACACAACGUUAUUUCUAAACUAAAUUCGAAAAAACGAGGAGGAAUCAAUAAAUACAGGACUACUGAACAUGAAUUUCCUAGGUUUCAGACCAAGAUUAAGGAUUGCAGACACUGCAGAAGAAUGUGAAGAAUAACAUCUAUGGCCAAAGCAAGCUGAAAGAAACUCCCACAAGAAAAAGGUCCUUUCAAUUUAUGGAUCGAGGAAAAUGACGAGACAAAGAGAGAACAGAAGGAAAAAAAAGGGAGGUAGAGAAAAUGAAAGGCAUUUGUAUUCAAGUUUACAAAUGCAUUAUGCAUUUCUACUUUAACACUUAGGUACUAUUUUGUUUUCAGCAUUAAUAGAGCAAUACAUUGCAUAGCAGCCACAGUUAAAAAAGUACUUCGUACGAGAUAAAAAAAAGACACUAUGUAGCCUCGUAUAACCACAAAGAUGCAUUUGCAAAUCAAAUGUACUAAUAUUUACUCUUCAGUUUGUCAACAUAGAUCAAGGCUGUUUCAGUCUGCAAAUACAGUCAUUUCCUCUUGAUU